GUCGCGGUGUAGACUCGGCAUUCCAUCCACAUGACAUUUCAUUCCUGUUAUUCGUCUGCGUAGAGUGUGCACCGGAGCUAGUCUCGGCACACAUUUUAUUAUUAUUAUGAGAAACAUCAAAGGCUAGACUAUUGACACAAACAUUAUUUUUGUAAGAAAAAGAAAUCGGUGAAGCAGGAUUUGAUUUUCAAGCCAACGUGCACAAGACGCAAAGGAAGACAACGAUAGUGCUAAUCAAGUUAGCUUUAGCUAUUUUGCCGACAUUUUUGAAAGCGUGGGGUGCUUAGCCAACGAAUAUUGUUGCCAGCUUGUGCUGUUAGAAUUUGCACUUUUUUAUUGUAUUUGUCGAUAUAUAAUUAUUUGUUGUAACUGUAGCUUGCCACCACGUUGUGAAAGAAUACAGGCGGUGUAUUAUCUGCAUUAGCGUAGCAAGGCCAUAUUGUCCGAAUCGUUAGCUACCCAGAACUAGUCUGGCCCACGUUUCUGUCCUCAUCUUGCGCGCAGUACCGAAACCUUGACGAAAACGGAACAAAGGACACUCAAGUUUUCACUGGAAUCAUCUGUCUCGGUUUGCAGAGACCCGGGGCUUUGGUUGUCAGACAGCUAGAUAGCGAUCUUAUUUUCUCCUAGUUGGAUAUUUGCUACACUCGUGCGGUGCCGCUCUAGUGCACGGUCCGUCCUCAUCAGGCAUGAAUCCUAGCGCGCCUAGUUACCCCAUGGCCUCGCUGUACGUGGGCGACCUACACCAAGAUGUUACUGAAGCCAUGCUGUACGAAAAAUUCAGCCCAGCCGGGCCGAUUCUAUCAAUCCGAGUAUGCAGAGACAUGAUCACUCGCCGGUCUCUUGGAUAUGCAUACGUUAAUUUCCAACAGCCAGCUGACGCCGAGCGUGCCCUGGACACCAUGAAUUUUGACGUCAUCAAGGGAAGACCGCUCCGUAUAAUGUGGUCUCAAAGGGACCCCUCCUUACGGAAAAGCGGAGUGGGAAACAUUUUCAUCAAGAACCUAGACAAGUCCAUCGACAACAAAGCCCUCUACGACACAUUCUCUGCUUUCGGGAACAUCUUAUCCUGCAAGGUGGUUUGUGAUGAGAAUGGCUCAAAGGGCUAUGGCUUUGUGCACUUUGAGACUCAGGAGGCUGCAGAGAGGGCCAUUGAGAAAAUGAACGGCAUGUUGCUCAAUGACAGAAAAGUGUUUGUGGGCCGAUUCAAGUCUCGCAAGGAACGAGAGGCUGAACUCGGUGCCCGUGCCAGGGAAUUCACCAACGUGUACAUCAAGAACUUUGGAGACGACAUGGACGACGAGAAACUGAGAGAGAUGUUCAACAAAUACGGACCCGCCCUCAGCAUCCGUGUGAUGACGGACGACGGCGGGAAGUCCAAGGGCUUCGGUUUCGUCAGCUUCGAGAGGCACGAGGACGCCCAGAAGGCCGUGGACGACAUGAACGGCAAGGAGCUGAACGGGCGCCAGGUGUACGUGGGCCGCGCCCAGAAGAAGGGCGAGCGGCAGAACGAGCUGAAACGCAAGUUUGAGCAGAUGAAACAGGACCGAAUGACCCGCUACCAGGGCGUCAACCUGUAUGUGAAGAACCUCGACGACGGGCUGGACGACGAGCGACUCCGCAAGGAGUUCACUCCCUUCGGCACCAUCACCAGCGCUAAGGUCAUGAUGGAGGGCGGACGCAGCAAAGGCUUCGGCUUUGUCUGUUUCUCGUCCCCCGAAGAGGCCACCAAGGCGGUGACGGAGAUGAACGGCCGCAUCGUGGCCACCAAGCCCCUGUACGUGGCGCUGGCCCAGCGCAAGGAGGAGCGCCAGGCUCACCUUACCAACCAGUACAUGCAGAGGAUGGCCACCGUCCGAGCCGUACCCAACCCGGUCAUCAACCCCUACCAGCCUGCCCCGCCCUCGGGCUACUUCAUGGCUGCCAUCCCGCAGGCCCAAAACCGUGCUGCUUACUACUCAGCCAACCAGCUGGCCCAGCUCAGACCCAGCCCUCGCUGGGCCACCCAGGGAGUCCGACCUCAACACUUCCAGAACAUGCCCAACGCCAUGCGUCCGUCCGCGCCACGCCCGCAGACCUUCAACGCCAUGCGGCCCACCACCUCCCAGGUGCCACGCAUGAUGACCUCCCAGCGCAUGGCCACCCAGGCUCUGGGCCAGCGUCCCGCCGGUGCGUCUGCGGCUCCCGCCCCCGUGCGUGCCAUGCCCCAGUACAAGUACGCCGCCGGCGUCCGCAACCCCCAGCAGCACAUGGCCUCUCAGCCGCAGGUCGCCAUGCAGCAGCCGGCUGUCCAUGUCCAAGGCCAGGAGCCCCUGACUGCCUCCAUGUUGGCUGCUGCCCCUCCUCAGGAACAGAAGCAGAUGCUGGGUGAGCGUCUGUUCCCCCUGAUCCAGAACAUGCACCCUAGCCUGGCUGGGAAGAUCACUGGUAUGCUGCUAGAGAUUGACAACUCUGAGCUACUCCACAUGCUGGAGUCCCCCGAGUCACUGCGCUCUAAGGUCGACGAGGCUGUUGCUGUGCUGCAGGCACACCAGGCCAAAGAGGCCGCACAGAAACCGACCAACCCCGCUGGAGUCCCCAGCGUCUAAGACGAGGUGUGUUGAAGAAGUAAAGCUACUGUAAUGGAAAUCAUUGAAACCUGCUUCACCGAAGAAAAAGUUUGAAAAAAAAAAAACGUUUAAACAUCGAAAAACU